UUUCGCCAUGGACCGUCGAAUCCAAGGUCGCCCAUCGAGGGCCUGCCCAUACGCCGCGGGUUUGUCUGCGAUCGCUGCGAUUUCCUCACCGUCAGCUGGAAGUGGCUCAAGGUGCACCGCAAUAGGGAGCACGGGGUAAAGGGGUCCAAGGGUCACGCGGAGCCUCGAUCUAGCGCGAGACUACAGACCUUUUUUACUCGACCUAUGUCGGCCAUUCAUUAUUUCUGCGUCACUGCCUCA